UUUUAUAAAUCUAUGUUUGCCCGCAUUUAGAACCAGCAAAUAUUGUAUUGUUGUUCUAAUGCCUCUGGGGGAACAAUUAGUGAUCAUAUCGUCGAUGCAGUCGGUUGUCGUCGUGGAUUUCUCUUUUUUUAUUUUUGUUGCAUAAACUUUUUAAUAGCAGCCUGACGAGGCGAACAACGUUCUUUAAUUAAACAAACUUAAUUGAUAUGCUUAAGACGAUAUGUUUGCUUGCUUGCACGAAGCAAUAUAAUCUGUUUUCUAGGGUUCCCCCAGAUUAAUGUUAUUAAUAGUUUAAAUAAAAUGUUAAGGCGUCAAUGCAGGUUAUUUUUUAUAAAAUACUGGAGAUGAACUCACCGAGUCUCGGCAUUAUUACAUUUAAAUGAUUACCUUUACUUUAACAAACAAUAAGGAAUAUUAAAAUAAUUGGAAACGGGAGUCAUCAGCUGUAACCACAGUGCCUUCUAUUGCUUUAUGAGAAGAAGAGGAGGAGCUGGACACAUACAAAAUAUGAAGCGUCAAAAUGAAUGCCAACAAAAUUAUGCAGCCGAUGAUUAUUUUCCUAAUUGGGGAUCUGCAUGCAGCUGCAUUCAGUAUGUUAAUAAAGGUGCGGUUAAUGAGUGGCGAACUAAAUCCUCACCUCUGCUCGUACGACAGUUGAUGGACAUGGCUGUCAGUUAAAUCACUUCUAUCGACCAUAUCUAGGCCACUGAUAGUCUGUGCAGGAGAAAAGAGGCACGUGACAGUUUUGCUACUAUUAUAAAGACAUGGGAGAGAGCAGAAAGUGCUUGACAUUUAAGAGGAUGGUCUUUUAAUCAAAUUCACACAGUGUAUUGCGAUCAAGAACAAUCAUACGGCUGUAUAUGUCUCAACAAAACAAGUCCUAGAAACACUUAAUUGGAUUGUCUGGAUUAAAUACAGCAGAUCAAGAAAAAUAAAAAUCGGAGGCAGAUGAGUCUGGGCGGCUCUAAAACACAUAACACCUGUCAUGUGUUCUCCAGUGGUUUUGGGAUGCAGAGCUUAGAGUCUAUACAUUAGCCUCCUCACUGCAGGAGUACUGAGCAGGUGCAAACACCCAGACCGCUGCUGGCUUAUUUUUUUGUCACUUAUUGACACGGUGGGACACAGGCAGGAUUGAUGUUCUUGCCAUUAAUAGUGUAACAGGCAAUACUUGGGCUAUCGAUCGCUCCCCCUUUCCAGCCUCCAUCCCUACAGUCCGCUCUAUCUCCAGCCAUGGAAUCAACACGGGCUGAUGGAAUAUGAUUAAAGGGCUAUUUCAUCAUGGGGAAAUAAAUAGAGGGAUGAAUGAGAUGAACACGCAUUGAUGAGUCUAAUGUGAUGCUUUUCCUCUGUUUUUUUGGAGACGCACAAAAGCAGAAGGCUCUGUGGGGCCAAGUGUCCCCUAAGUGCCCGGACAGCUGCCACUGCGCCUGGGACACAGCCACGGUUCUGUGCUCGGACUCAGACCUGCGGGACAUCCCAGAGGGGAUCCCGCUGGAAACUGUCUCCCUCCACCUGGAACGCAACUACAUCCGAAACAUCCCCGAGAGUGCCUUCAGCGACCUGGUCCACCUGCGAGACCUGUACCUGUCCCACAACCGCAUCGAUUCCCUUGCCUCGGGGGCCCUGCGGCAUCUGGGUCCGGAGCUGCGCCUGCUGGACCUCUCGCACAACCAGCUGAGGCAGGCCAGCAGGGAGGAGUUUGGCUCUACUCGUGCAAAGACGCGCCUCUACCACAACCCGUGGCACUGUGACUGCGCCCUCCAGGAGUUGAUGGAGACUCUGAACCUAGAGGCGGAGACAGUGAAUGGGAUCGUGUGUGAGAGCUCUAUGAGGGGGGUGGGCGAGGGUAGCAGGUGGGAGGAUCCGGGGUCGCAGGGCGAGAACGCUGGUCAACCGCUGGUCAAACUGUUGGAUUCCGGGGUGAAUUUCUGCAGCCUGCAGAGGAAAACCACUGAUGUAGCAAUGCUGGUGACAAUGUUUGUAUGGUUCUUCAUGGUCAUAGUGUAUGUAGUGUACUAUGUGAGGCAGAACCAAGCCGAGGCUCGCAGGCAUUUGGAGUACCUGAAGAGUUUGCCCAGCCCACGCAAGACCCCCACAGAGACGGAUACUCUGAGCACUGGUUUCUGAUCUCCUGCUAGGCUAUUACUUAAAUGGCACAUUAGGCAAAUGGAUUUUUCAAGAAGAACUACUGAUGAAUAUAAAAAUGCUGUGUGGAGUUACUGGAAGAUGCUGAUCCAGAGGAAACAAACCGUUUACAGCUGUGCUUUGUGAUAUUUCUUUAUAUUUGUUACAACUGAGCCCCUCUACCACGUUUUUCCUAAUAUUUAUGCAUAUUUGUGCAUAACUUGUUACAUUCUACCAUUUCAACUGAGAGAAAAGAGUGGAACCUGAAAAAACUAAAAGUGCAGCAGAAGCUAUAACAAAGAAAGACAGUUCUUUCAACUUUAUAACCUUCUAUCUCCCUCUGUAGUCCCUCUUUCCUUCUCUUUUCUUCUCCCACCAUGCCCCAUACUGUGGUCUUUUAUCUUUCAUUAAGCUCUAAUUAAGAGUCUUUGACCAACUGACCCUUCAUGAAGACUUGAAAGCCACUAAUCAGCUGAAGUGUGUGUACCAGGUUGAAGAAAUGUGCGAACUCAAAUGAAACAGGCAUCUAAUUGCCUGUUUCAUUUUUCUGUGAGUUUCUGUGCCUUGAAAGAGGCCAUUUUCCCUUGGAUAACAUUGAUUUUGCACAGAUGCUAUUUAAGCCUGUCCCAAUACAAGGCCACAAAGCCAGUGGUUUCCGUGCCAGUGGAGAACAUGCUGAUCUAAAUUUACUGUCACGAAGCCAUUAGAGCUGGAGGUGAACUGUUUUGUGUACAAGCUGCAGCAAUCAGCUCUAAAAUAUCUGGACAGCCAAGUGUACACACAGCGUGUCCACUGAUUGGUACAAAGAAAUCCCAGCCAGAUUUAGAAAUGAAUCAUUGUCAUGAAUUAGAUUAGUGAGGCCAUUUAUCCUGAGAGAAGCUGUUCGUUUAGCUUUAAUUAAUCUCUUAAGUCCUGCUUUUCCAUUCUCUCUGCAAUGAUUGCUGUAAACACAUUUUUCUGUCUCCCAUGUAUAGUUUAGGCUUCAUCAUAAUUGAUUUUUUUCAAGCCACUGUAAAAAAAAAAAAAAAAAAAAAAAAAGGCUAAAAUGCUUUUAUAAUAAAUAGAAUCAUUUUCUCAGUUAGUACAUUUAACGCCUGCAAUAUUAAGAUUAAUUCCAUGCCUUACGUGUAUACUGAACAUGCACUUAAUAUGGAACAAAACCUUACUGGAUUCACCGCCAUCUUGUUUUAAUUUCACUUUAGUUUCUAUUCACUGUGGCAAAAUGUGAAGCAUUAUUCUCUGAGGGGAGGGCGGAUUGAUUGGUUAAUGUCUUCACUUGUACAUAUGGAAAUCAAAUGGGUGUUUAGGACAGCGGUUACCAGCAAGUACUCGCUAAUUCAAUUUAAAGGGUCCAUGAGAUUAUUGACAGGAUAUUAAAGCAGAAAAAAACAAAGAUUUUUUUUUACCGCACACAAUAGGUUUACUUUUCCUUUCAUGUUGUUAUUCUUGUAAAUGAUUGGAUAACUUUAGGUGCUUCUAUAGUUUAUUUUCUAUUAUUUUCAAAGCAUAAAAAAACAAAGGGAAAUAAGACAAUCUUGCGAUUGGCACCAAAUCGCUCUUUGGUUGAGCAGAUAUUGGCUGUUAUCAAUCUACAAUCUGUUGUAUGUAACAGACUGUAGGGGGGUCUGAAGCAGCCAUUACUUUGUUUGUUUAAGGGGUCACAAGCCAAAUAGGUUCACUGGUGUCAGAGGAUGUUUUUAGCCAUGCUAGCAGCGUUGCUCUACGAAUGACAAUGUUGGUCUGUUAGUCAACGAUUAUUGGAUGGAUUAUGAUGAAAUUUGGUGGAGACAAUAACUUUGGUGUUCACCUAAUUUUUUAGCACCAUCAUUAGGUCAACAUUUUUAUUUGUCCUUCACUUUGGUUUGUGACCAAAGCCAAUAACAUUCCCAUCACCUCAACUGUAGGCUACUCUGUGUUUUGUGCUAGCAAAUGUUAGCAUGUUUACUCGUAAACUAAGGUGGUUAACAACAGUGAGGUUAACGAUCGUGGUGAACAUUAUACCUGCUAAACAUCAUCUAUUGUCAUUGUGAGCAUGUAAGCAUGCUGUCGUUAGCAUUUAGCUCAAAACACCACUGUGCCUAAGUGCAGCCUCACAGGUUCUUAUUCAUGUAUCAAGUGUACAAUUACGACCUUCUAAGUAUUUAUAGAUGUAAUAAAACAUUACUGUGCCCCAUUUAAUCUAACAAUUGGGUUGGAAAAAUGGUAAGAGCUGAAGCGAAACCUAGAAUAAGACAACUUGCUCUGUACUGUGAUGUGCUAAAUGUGGAAAUUUGUGUUGUUGUUCAUCAUGAAGAAAUACUGUGAAUUAGAGCUAGCAUCAGUGAACUUUGAGUAGAACGAUAUGGAUGUUGUUAUGAUAUAGACCACAGGCUGAAAGAUUAGAAUAAGAAGUUUGAUAUUUGCUCUGUCUGUCUGUGACAGACUGUGAAGCCCUGUGGUGUAUCUUGACAUACUCCUCUGAAUGUUACCUGUCUGUCACAAAUCCUACAUCUACUGUUGAUGUGUCAGAGUUCAGUUUCCCCAUGCAUCUCUAAUCUGGCUCAAUAAGGUGAAUUGAUGCAGACAACCCGAAACUCAAGAACCAAGCAUGCCCUCUGUGAAUUUUACUACUUUUUUUUGUACUUUUUUCUUUUAUUGGUGAUGUAUUUCUGUCACAGUGAUUAUUUUUGUUUGCCAAUAAUUAUUCAAACAACGAUGAAGUCAUAGAUCGGAAACCAUUUCAUUGAAUAAUAAGUGAUCUAUCAAAAAGUGAUUUUAAGAAAAGAAAAACAAAGUAAAAAUAAAAGAAACAUUGCUCGA